AAGACAGCCAGGGUGGUGACUUCCGGCUUGCUGAAGAAAGUUGAGCUGGGGAGGUUUGCUGGCUCCUGGGUUUUGCAAAAUGGAUAGCCAGGGAAGGAAAGUGGUGGUUUGUGACAAUGGAACCGGGUUUGUGAAGUGUGGCUAUGCAGGCUCCAACUUCCCCGAGCACAUCUUCCCUGCCUUGGUGGGCAGGCCAAUCAUUCGCUCCACAGCCAAAGUGGGCAACAUUGAGAUUAAGGACCUGAUGGUGGGCGACGAGGCCAGCGAGCUGCGCUCCAUGCUGGAGGUGAACUACCCCAUGGAGAACGGCAUCGUGAGGAACUGGGACGACAUGAAGCACCUGUGGGACUACACCUUCGGGCCUGAGAAGCUCAACAUCGACUCCAGGAACUGCAAGAUCCUGCUCACCGAGCCGCCCAUGAACCCCACUAAGAACCGAGAGAAGAUCAUCGAGGUGAUGUUUGAGACGUAUCAGUUCUCAGGGGUCUACAUUGCUAUCCAGGCUGUGCUGACGCUCUACGCCCAAGGCCUGCUGACAGGUGUUGUGGUGGACUCUGGGGACGGUGUGACACACAUCUGUCCGGUGUACGAGGGCUUCAGCUUGCCCCAUCUGACACGACGCCUGGACAUCGCUGGGAGGGACAUAACCCGCUACCUCAUUAAGCUGUUGUUGCUGAGGGGCUAUGCGUUCAACCACUCUGCAGACUUUGAGACGGUGCGAAUGAUGAAGGAGAAGCUGUGCUACGUGGGUUACAACAUCCAACAGGAGCAGAAACUGGCUCUGGAGACCACCGUGCUGGUCGAGUCCUACCAGCUCCCAGACGGCAGGGUGAUCAAGGUGGGAGGGGAGCGUUUCGAGGCUCCAGAGGCUUUGUUCCAGCCUCAUCUCAUUAACGUAGAGGGAGUCGGGGUGGCAGAGCUGCUCUUCAACACUAUCCAUGCAGCAGACAUCGACACCAGGUCUGAGUUCUAUAAACACAUAGUGUUGUCGGGGGGUUCCACCAUGUAUCCAGGUCUUCCAUCUCGACUAGAGAGAGAGCUCAAACAGCUCUACCUGGAACGCGUGCUGAAAGGCGACGUGGACAAACUCUCGAAAUUUAAGAUCCGCAUCGAGGACCCGCCGCGGCGUAAGCACAUGGUGUUCCUGGGUGGGGCCGUGCUGGCGGACAUCAUGAAGGACAAAGAUAACUUCUGGCUGACCAGGGAGGAGUACCAGGAGAAAGGUGUCAGGGUGCUGGAGAAACUGGGAGUCACUGUCAGAUAAAGACCUCUACAAUGUUAAAGACCACACACACACACACACACACACACACAAACAUAUAAAUAUCCAUAUAUUCACACAAACACUGAAGGGUCAUCAUAGAGAAGCACCUAGAAUGGUGUAUGUGUAAAACACACAGACACACCCGGUUUCCUCCGCCAUGGCAGACUAGAUAUCUAUUUAUCCUUCUUCCUCCUCUAUACAACAGAAUCACGGCAUCACCGCAGGGAGUGAUGACUCCAGCCCUCCUUCUCUCCUCCUGAUGGCCUAGUAUAGUUUAGCUCAGGGUUGGUAGGAGAGUCCAGGACACCACUCCUCCAGCCCUCCUCCUCUCCUCCUGUCGUCUGAAGGCCUAGUAUAGUUUAGCUCAGGGUUAGUAGGAGAGUUCAGGACACCACUCCUCCAGCCCUCCUCCUCUCCUCCUGUCGUCUGAAGGCCUAGUAUAGUUUAGCUCAGGGUUGGUAGGAGAGUCCAGGACACCACUCCUCCAGCCCUCCUCCUCUCCUCCUGUCGUCUGAUGGCCUAGUAUAGUUUAGCUCAGGGUUGGUAGGAGAGUUCAGGACACCACUCCUCCAGCCCUCCUCCUCUCCUCCUGUCGUCUGAAGGCCUAGUAUAGUUUAGCUCAGGGUUGGUAGGAGAGUUCAAGACACCACUCCUCCAGCCCUCCUCCUGUCCUCCUGUCGUCUGAUGGCCUAGUAUAGUUUAGCUCAGGGUUGGUAGGAGAGUUCAGGACACCACUCCUCCAGCCCUCCUCCUCUCCUCCUGUCGUCUGAUGGCCUAGUAUAGUUUAGCUCAGGGUUGGUAGGAGAGUUCAGGACACCACUCCUCCAGCCCUCCUCCUCUCCUCCAGUCGUCUGAAGGCCUAGUAUAGUUUAGCUCAGGGUUGGUAGGAGAGUUCAGGACACCACUCCUCCAGCCCUCCUCCUCUCCUCCUGUCGUCUGAUGGCCUAGUAUAGUUUAGCUCAGGGUUGGUAGGAGAGUUCAGGACACCACUCCUCCAGCCCUCCUCCUCUCCUCCAGUCGUCUGAAGGCCUAGUAUAGUUUAGCUCAGGGUUGGUAGGAGAGUUCAGGACACCACUCCUCCAGCCCUCCUCCUGUCGUCUGAAGGCAUAGUAUAGUUUAGCUCAGGGUUGGUAGAGUUCACGGUGGAUAUCAAGUCUCCUGAAGAAAGAAAUUCACAUUUUCACAACACGGUGAAAGCAAUAUGGUGGAAAGUUAGUCAAGGACUCUAUUUCCACACUAUGCUUUUUUUUCAGACUUUAAUCUUAAUGCAGACGAGGAGACGAGGAGAACAACGUUAGACUAUUGAGACCCACCCCUAGAACAGUUAAACCUCUCGUCUCCUUACCAAUCACUUCAAACUUCCCUGUUCUCUUCAUAAAGGAGGAGCUAGAAGAUGUCCCUAAUCGCUGAUGCAGGGUCAGAUGUUAUAAAGGAGUCGCUAGAAGCUGUCCCUAAUCGCUGAUGCAGGGUCAGAUGUUAUAAAGGAGUAGCUAGAAGCUGUCCCUAAUUGCUGAUGCAGGGUCAGAUGUUAUAAAGGAGUCGCUAGAAGCUGUCCCUAAUCGCUGAUGCAGGGUCAGAUGUUAUAAAGGAGGAGCUAGAAGCUGUCCCUAAUCGCUGAUGCAGGGUCAGAUGUUAUAAAGGAGGAGCUAGAAGCUGUCCCUAAUCGCUGAUGCAGGGUCAGAUGUUAUAAAGGAGUCGCUAGAAGCUGUCCCUAAUCGCUGAUGCAGGGUCAGAUGUUAUAAAGGAGUCGCUAGAAGCUGUCCCUAAUCGCUGAUGCAGGGUCAGAUGUUAUAUAGGAGUCGCUAGAAGCUGUCCCUAAUCGCUGAUGCAGGGUCAGAUGUUAUAAAGGAGUCGCUAGAAGCUGUCCCUAUUCGCUGAUGCAGGGUCAGAUGUUAUAAAGGAGUCGCUAGAAGCUGUCUCUAAUCGCUGAUGCAGGGUCAGAUGUUAUCUCAUUUCCCAAAUGGUUAAAGGGAUAGUGUGAGAUUUUGGCAAUUAAGGCCUUUUUUCUACUUACCCCAGAGUCAGAUGAAUUUAUGGACACCAAAACAGGCUGAAAUUUCAGGCAGUCUUUUCAAACAGCUCUGACAUUAAAGGGGCAUUAUCGUCAUUUUAACAAUUUCACAGUAUUAUUCCAACCUCAUAGUGUGGAAAUAGGUUAUAUAAAAAAACAAGUAAAUCACUUUUUUUUUGACUGCACUGGUCCUUUAAGGUCAGGGUACGGUUAGGGUUGACUGAUCCUAUAUCUGUGGUUAUUUAGAGGCAACCUACCAUCAGCUUUCUAGGACGUCACAAUCAGGAGGUAUCUCAAACAGGCAUUGGCCAGUCCAGUAUAUACACAAACCAUUAUUCAUUGAGGACUGAUCAUGUUUUUCUAUGGUGUUUUGUAUAUCAUGAUUUAUUCAUUUCUCUUUUUGGGAGAGGGAUGUCUUGAUUCUUCUGUUGGAUGUAUACAGAUCCUCUUUACCUUAAAACAUUUUUUACAUAAUUUUAAUUUUUUGUGUUGCACGACCAUUUUAAAAUGUGGUAUAUGUCAUAUGAAAAUUCCUCCUUGUUUUUAAUGAAGAAUUGAUGAUGAUGAUGAUAGUGAAGAUGAUUAUAAGGGCCAUGACCCCUGACCUUAGUGACGGGAGUGGGGUUGUGUGAGGGUCAUGAUAUAAAAACAUGGUUCAAUCUGAAAGUUGUACUAUAUUAGGUCAGUUCCAGUCGAGCUGGAAUGACGUGGUUAUGUGCCACGUCAUCAACUUCACAGUCGGGUAUCAGAUUGCUACAUCUUACGGUAACUGUUUCCCAGACACAGAUUUGUCCUGGACUAAACAUUCUGGAUGGAGGUUUUUAAUUGGAGUACAUUAUGAAUCCAGUACCAGGUUGAAUCUGUCCGGUUAACUGGAUCUAGGUGUGGUUUAACUGGAUCUAGGUGUGGUUUAACUGGAUCUAGGUGUGGGUUAACUGGAUCUAGGUGUGGGUUAACUGGAUCUAGAUGUGGUUUAACUGGAUCUAGAUGUGGUUUAACUGGAUCUAGGUGUGGGUUAACUGGAUCUAGGUGUGGUUUAACUGGAUCUAGGUGUGGGUUAACUGGAUCUAGGUGUGGGUUAACUGGAUCUAGGUGUGGGUUAACUGGAUCUAGGUGUGGGUUAACUGGAUCUAGGUGUGGUUUAACUGGAUCUAGGUGUGGUUUAACUGGAUCUAGGUGUGGUUUAACUGGAUCUAGGUGUGGUUUAACUGGAUCUAGGUGUGGGUUAACUGGAUCUAGGUGUGGGUUAACUGGAUCUAGGUGUGGGUUAACUGGAUCUAGGUGUGGGUUAACUGGAUCUAGAUGUGGUUAACUGGAUCUAGGUGUGGGUUAACUGGAUCUAGGUGUGGGUUAACUGGAUCUAGGUGUGGGUUAACUGGAUCUAGGUGUGGGUUAACUGGAUCUAGGUGUGGGUUAACUGGAUCUAGGUGUGGGUUAACUGGAUCUAGGUGCGGGUUAACUGGAUCUAGGUGCGGGUUAACUGGAUCUAGGUGCGGGUUAACUGGAUCUAGGUGCGGGUUAACUGGAUCUAGGUGCGGGUUAACUGGAUCUAGGUGCGGGUUAACUGGAUCUAGGUGCGGGUUAACUGGAUCUAGGUGCGGGUUAACUGGAUCUAGGUGCGGUUUAACUGGAUCUAGGUGCGGGUUAACUGGAUCUAGGUGCGGGUUAACUGGAUCUAGGUGUGGGUUAACUGGAUCUAGGUGUGGGUUAACUGGAUCUAGGUGUGGGUUAACUGGAUCUAGGUGUGGGUUAACUGGAUCUAGGUGUGGGUUAACUGGAUCUAGGUGUGGGUUAACUGGAUCUAGGUGUGGGUUAACUGGAUCUAGGUGUGGGUUAACUGGAUCUAGGUGUGGGUUAACUGAUAUGUUACACACCUCUCCAGACGUUGAGGUCUGGCAGGCCACUGAAGCGUGAUCAGCUUGGAACAUGUCCUCUGAGACGUAGUAAAAAAGCUGGUAUUUAAGUCCACUAGUCCGGCUCUCACCACCACAACAUGAUGUAUAUUGGAGGCACCCCCCCCCCCCCCCCCCCCCGAGCCUAAUAUAAUAUGUGUUGUUUUCAUAAAUGUUCUAUCCAGUGCCAAGAGCAGUGAUUGUUAUCUGGAGCUUUUCAUGUUUUUAUUUGACGUUUCUGUCCUGUCUUUUUUUUUCUUUUCUUAUUGUUCAUAGUGUAACUGCCUAACGUCGCUGAUUUAAAUAAAGUAAAUUGAUUUAUAAUUAA